UUUACAUUGUACAUCAUGUUUCUGUUUAAGGUUUUUUUAUGCGGGGCAAUUUUAACACCUUUAUGUAUGGGCCAAAUAGACAGAUCACUAUUUGAUAACUACCUGGAAAAUUCCCUAUCUGAUGAAGAAAUAUUGAUGAAGAUAAAUGAGAAACUGUUUGACAUGAACGGAUAUCAACUGGUCGACUUCAGUGGAGAAGAUUAUCCCGAAGAUUACCAUCAGGAAAUAGAGAAACAGAGGAGAUACAUAAAUCAAGUGAUAUCAAAACGGGAAUUCAAAAGAUGCAAGCAGACGGUUGUGGAAACAAAUACCAUGGGGCAAACUUAUUUCGAAAUAAUAUGUCAUGAGAUGGAUAGAGCCGGAACAAACCAUGGCUAUAUAAUUAAUGAACAUUGCCAUAAUGUAACGAAGAAUUUUAAAUUUAAAGUGUCCCGUGGAGGUUGCGAGAUGAAACCAAUAUCUAUCAAAAUGGGCUGUGCUACUGUAUAAUUUUUAUUAUUCAAGGAUUUCUUGUUUUUACAAAAUAAAUUAAUAUUCAUUUUGUGUGAUUUUGUACUUUUAUAAUUUGAAAUAUUUUAAGGUGGCGCCAUCUAUGUAUAAUAUAAAUAAUUAAAUAAAAGUAAUAUGGGUUGCAUACAAAUAGAUGAAUUAACUUUAUUGGCUAGUAUAGUACAAAAAAACCCAUAAAAUAACAAAAUAAAGUUUUUAAAUUUA